AUGACUGAGGAGGCGAGAUUCGGUUUGGGAAUGGACAUUCUCAGGAACAGCUCGAUACCCACUAUUCAAGCACUGCUCCAGCAAUCUAGCCGCGAGGCUACAUUUGGGAACUCGUCCCAGGCUUGGACCUUUGCGGGCAUAGCGUUUCGAAUGGCAUUCGAUAUAGGGUUGCACCUACCGAGCGAUAAGCUUCAGCUUUAUGUCAAAAGCCUGACUAUUGAAGAUAUUGAGAUCCGGAAGCGAUUGUUCUGGAGCUGUUAUACUUGGGACAAGAUCUUAUCAUUAUAUCUCGGGCGUAUGCCAGGGUUCACGCCAGCUGUUGAUGACAUGUCAUUUUCUUUCCGGGACGAUUACAGCGACAAUGAGCUUUGGUCGCCAUAUUAUGGCGAAAAAUCUCAAGUCGACGCAAACAGUUCAGUCAAUUACCCGCCUUGUUCAGGAUACAUUAUCUCCUGUUUCCGUCAACUUUGCAGACUGUGUAUCAUCUUGAACGACCUAUUGCAUAGCUUCUAUUCGGGUGACGCAACAGCUAGUCAAGAGCUUGAAGAAGAUCCUCCAGGAGAGAUGAGAGCGAACAAUGAAGCCCCAUUUUCACGCAUUUCAAGAGACCUGCGAGACUGGCUGAUUUCUUUGCCACCACAACUACGAAUAAGUCCAGAUCAGAUGCCCCAGCUGGCUCCACCCGCGCAUAUUAUGUCCCUUAACCUUCUCUACCAUUCAACAACAAUUCUACUACACAGGCCAGUUAUCCUUGGAGCCCAUGACCUAAAUGCGCCAGAUCCGGCAAGGUCAUAUCUGAUAUGUGUACAGGCAACUGCGGCGAUUCACGAUCUUAUCCUUUUGCAAGCGAAUACCUUUGGACUUUCUCACAUCUCUUUUCUGAACGCCUACACUGUCUAUAUUGCUGCCACAGUUGCGGUAUUGAGAUUCGAAAGAGAAGUUCGUCCUGGAGAAGAUGCCUCUGCUUGCGCGCAGAACACAGGACUGACGUACUUGUUGGACGUACUACAGAAAGUGUCAAAUUCUAUGCCAGCACUCGAGAGAAGCAAUGCUAUAAUCCGAAAACGAAUGAAAGUAGCCCUCGACCGACACCGAGCCCAGCGUAAACAAGCAUACUCAAACGGAUCAACUCCGCCGAAGUAUAACUUACCAACACCCACAACCCAACAGACAAACCUGGCACUGCCCACAGCAUUUCAAACUAUAUCGAAUGGAGUGAUGGCGUAUUCCCACUAUCCACGGUCAGACACUACAGAUUCAUUUGGCACGCCUGUCUCUUGGCCAGCAGGAAUACGAACCAGCAUGCAUUCCGAGUCAGAGCAGCAUACAGAGGACUUCAUGCCUGCCUUUCCAGGUCAGCAAUUCCCAAUCGGUUCAGAAAACAGCUUUAGCGCCAUGGGGGUGGAUCCUAAUGCAAGAGCGACACUAUUGGGAUACACCCUCGACCCUCAUCCAAGACUAAACUCGAGCGAUAUUGACUGGAAUUUUAUGGAUACCUACGAAGGGGGCCAAAUCCAGAUAUAA